CUCAGUUAUAAAGGCCCGAGCUCUUGGCAUGAGUAAAGGACUUCAUGUGGUCAGGGCUGGAGAUGUCUGUGGAAGGUUGGCUGCGUUUCAUAUCACACCCAGGUUCCUCUGCGGGGAGAAUGGAUGAAUUCCAUCCGUUCAUCGAGGCACUGCUGCCGCACGUGCGUGCCUUCGCCUACACCUGGUUCAACCUGCAGGCCCGUAAGCGCAAGUAUUUCAAAAAGCACGAGAAGCGGAUGACCAAGGAUGAAGAGCGCGCCGUCAAGGAUGAGCUCUUGGGCGAAAAGUCCGAGGUCAAACAGAAGUGGGCGUCGCGCCUCCUCGCCAAGCUCCGCAAAGAUAUCCGGCCAGAGUGUCGGGAGGACUUUGUGCUGUCCAUCACGGGGAAGAAGCCUCCAUGUUGCGUCCUCUCGAACCCGGACCAGAAGGGGAAGAUGAGGCGCAUCGAUUGUCUGCGGCAGGCGGAUAAAGUCUGGCGUCUGGACCUGGUGAUGGUGAUUCUGUUCAAGGGCAUCCCGCUGGAGAGCACGGAUGGCGAGCGGCUGGUCAAAGGCGGCCAGUGCUCAAAUCCCAUCCUCUGCGUCCAGCCUCAUCACAUCAGCGUGUCUGUCAAAGAGCUGGACCUCUACCUCGCCUACUUUGUGCAGGAGAGAGAGGCUGAACAGAGCAGUAGUCCUCGCACAGGCAUUGGUUCAGAUCAGGAGGACAGUCGAGCAGCCACCAUGGAUGCUCCAGAGUUUCAAGAGAGCUUUAUAACUUCGGGCGUCUUCAGUGUAACAGAACUGGUGCAAGUAUCAAGAACGCCGGUGGUGACGGGCACGGGGCCGAACUUCUCUCUCGGAGAGCUGCAGGGUCAUCUUGCUUAUGAUCUGAACCCUUCAGGGGUGGGAAUGAGGAGAACCCUUCCCAGCACCUCCUCUAGCGGAAGUAAGAGACACAAGUCAGGAUCCAUGGAGGACGAUAUAGACACCAGCCCAGGGGGCGAGUACUACACCUCUCCCAACUCCCCUGCCAGCAGUUCACGCAACUGGCAAGAGGAGAUGGAAGGAGGAAUCUCCCCUACAGUUAAGAAGACAGAGAUGGAUAGUCCAUCCCCUCAGGAGAGCUCUCCACGUCUCGGCUUCACACAGCACCACAGACCUGUCAUUGCAGUGCACAGCGGUAUCUCUCGGAGUCCACAUCCCUCCUCGUCUCUGCACUUCCCUGGCGCUCCCAUUCUCCCCCAGACUGCCUCCACCUACUUCCCACACACGGCCAUCCGGUACCCCCCGCACCUCAGCUCUCAAGACCCGCUCAAGGAUCUUGUAUCUCUGGCCUGUGACCCGUCCAAUCAACAGCCCAGCCCGCUGAAUGGCAGUGGUCAGGUGAAGGUAUCCAGUCACUACAUCUCCUCUCAGAUGCUGGCCCCCCCGCCACCCGGCCUGCCCCGUCUGACGCUGCCCCCAGAGUCCAAAUCCAGCACCACCUCUGCAGAUGCAGCUGCCAGCUCACCCACCUCCCCCACAUACUCUGCUCCCGGGACGCCACCUGCCAACCGCUCCUUCGUAGGAAUUGGUUCUCGAGACACUGGCAGUCUGUAUCAGGCACAGUCCUGGUAUCUGGGGAACUGAUCAUCACACACACGCAGACGAACCCGAGGAGGCACAGACAUGGAUUCGAAAAAUCGAUUUUUUUUUUUGUGGAAUUUACAAGAAAAAAAGUUGUGAACGAGAUGCAAGAGGGAAAAUCAGAUAUAUAUGCAGUAUUUGUAUAUAUACACACACAUAUAUAUAUAUACACAAUAUGUGUGUAUAGAUAUAUGUGCACACAUAUUUAUAUAUGCAUAACGACGUACAGUAUAAGAUGCUUCAAUACACUUUUUUCUGAAAAGACAAUGGAAACGGAGACGAGAGCGAGAGAACAGCCAUAGGUGGAACGGAAGAAAAGGAGACAAAAGAGGAGGAUGUUUUUUCUGGGAGGGCAGCCCGAACUAUGGCGUACAUUUACGGACGUGUUGAAAAAGGCCCACCCUGACUCCCUGCCUCCUGGAAUGCCUCUCCUCAACCCCCUCCUUCUGCUACAGGUGCUGCUUCCUCCUAUAUGCAAAAUAAGUAUCCUUUAUUUUCUUAACGAACAGGGAAGAGAAACCCCGACGAAAGGGUUUUUCCGCUAGCAUUUCGCCACAGGUUCGGAGGUGAGCACGGUCUGUUUUUAUUCUUUUUUUAAGUGCGCAAAGGCAACACGGCGUGGAAAAGGAAACGCAAAGGUCGAUGCUUCCGUUCACACGACAGAAAAGAAACGCAAAGGCUACUUUUCAUCCAGUUUUAUUGACAAUCAUGUAUCUGCGUCCUUGGUUUCGUUCAGAGGGUGAUGUUUUCUAAAUUGCAUUCUCCACCGUUUGAAACGGAGUCCACUUUUUGGUGGAAGCCCAUCAUGUUUUUUGUACAUCGGAGGAAUAUUAGUGGUACCUCAGUGACAUUAUAAAUCGUCAACAGUCGGCGUCUAUACACACAUGCACACACACUUACAUGUAAACACACCUGUCUUGAGGCAAUGGCAUGUACUGUUAAAGGCUACACAAGGUGUGUGUGAGCUGUGAUACAGCCUUCAUAGGAUGAGCCAGGGAAUAGCAGGGGUGAAUUAGCACCUUCCUCACUUCGCAAUAUGAAAGCCCCUCAUUCCCUGGACCCUGCUGUAAGUGUGUGCGCGUGUGCAUCCGUGUGUUUGUGCGUGUCAUAAACAUUAGUAGUCCCUUAUUCAUCUCUGUGAGUUCACAGAUUAGAGGGUUUUGAUUCUAUGAGUUUCGUGGAUUUUUCCACAUAGCGACAAAGGGAGUUGAAAUAUAGUUCUGUCAUUACUUAGACAGUAUUGGGUGUAGAGGAUAGUUUUUUUUUUUCUCUAUGUGUAAUUUGUUUCAAUCCAUUGGAAAUUACAGGCAUUGCACUACUUUAAAUUUUUAUUUUUCCUCUUUUGCAAAUUCCUGUUCGGCCUAAUCAUAUGGAAUGCUGCGAGUCGAUUAUUUUUGUCAUGUUCUGAUCUCACGGUAGAUGAGGGUUGGUUUCCUAGAAGCUAUGAAGCUGAUCAGAACAAUCCAACAUUUUCUAUGUAAAUGUGUCCAUGUUUAUGUGAUUACUUUUAUACAAUUCCCAUAGUUUAAGAAGAAAAAAAAAACAGGCUUUCUUUUCCCCCACGUUUCUACCACAAGAAACUAUGACUGUUUUUAUUUUGAAGCAGAUUAUACACUUUAAUCCGUAGGAAUGUCAAAGAUUUGGAUGUUUGACGUGAGAUGGGCUGUAAUGCCCAAAACAAAAAAGGAAGUCAGCGGCUAUGCUGCCCAUCCCAGAGUUCAUUGGGAGGUGGACGCCUACGACCAGCAUGUCUCUGCUUGGUUGCCUCAGAAAUAGGUUAUUCUGCACUCUGAGAUGUGUUGAUUUGUACUAAUGAAAUAACAUCAGGGCUAAUCUACAACGCUACCGAACCCAAAUCACGAAGCCAUGAAAAGUGCCUGAGACAUUGCGAGAUUUUCAUUUGAACUCUUCUUCUUUUUUUAAGACUUGGACAUUUUGCUUCAUCUACUGUGGGUUGUUGUUGUUGUAGGAGUUUGAGGGGUUGUUUUUAUGCCCAGAGAGAUAUUUUAAAUGGCCUCGCAAGCCCCUCAUCAGCUGCAUGGGCUAACACUUAGCCACAGGAAACGCAGACAGCUGAACAAAAAACACACACGCAUACACACCCUUAUAAUCAGAACAUGACAAAAUCAACACAUAUCAGAGCUUUACUAGGUACCCUCACAAAAACACACACACAAAUAUGAUAUAAUAUCCACACUCCCUGGUUGCUUUCGCUAACCUUUUAUAAUGGCUUCGCAUACACAUUCUAUUAAGUUGACUAUAGUAAGGCCCAGAAUACAUACGACGUGACUUGUUUUAAUGGUGCUGAUAUGAAAAUUAUAUGGAAAUCUCUAUAUAUGAAUUAUAUAUAACUUUGCAUGGUGCUUUCAAAAGAAAAAUCAUGAGAAUUAAGCUCAAACGACCACCGUAUCGCUGACAUGGGCGCAUGGCAGAUAAUCUUAGUAUUAGCUCUGAAGCAAAAUGCUCCCUGACUUCUCCUUAACAACCCCCUUUGAGCAAAGAGCCAAUGACACAGAUGGAUUUUACCUUUGUACUACAUUGGUUUGACUUUUAUCCAACAAUCCCUCUUCUACUUUGCACGAUAUUUUAUAAAACAUAUUAUGUGCCUUGCCUUUAGUUAAGAACGAUAAUGCGUAAUUUUAAAGGAGUUAAUUUUUUUUUUUCUUUUUUAAUGUAACCAGUGUCACAAAGGAAAAUAAUGCUGCAUGUUUGAUUGCCUGUCAUUAUCAGAAUAAGACUAAGAGGUUACCUGAUAGCUGUAGUUUUGGAUGGGUGAGAGAGGCUUUUUUUGACCCUCUUCCUCUUUUAAAAGCACUGUAGUUGGCAUGAAAUCUUCCCUGCGUUAUUUUCUUACCGUUUUAUUUCCCUCCUCCGUUCAUGUAAUGAGAAGGUAACAGUCUGUGAAAGAUGCAGUACCAGCUCUCUUCAUAUCAGCUCUGAGCUGACGUUUUGAUUCCGUUGUCAUGUUAGGCUUCUCUUAAAUUGUUUAGAUUGUAUGUUUUCAUGUAUUUAAAUGAGUUUGUAUCCAUUAUGGAUGUGAAGAGGAGCGGCCAUAGAUGGACAUAAUGAAAAUUAGAUGGCCAUCCUCUAUAAACACAUGAACUAGUUUUGGUCAAGUUUAAAUUCCACAACUGAGCACUUAGCAAAGGAUUUUGCAAUCAGCAAGACUUUAUAUCGUCUUUUACAUUUUGCUUUUUAUCAAAGGGUCAAAUUUACAUUUCAUUAUUUCAGAAAACCUAGGCAUUUGUUAAAGGGAUGGUUCACCUAAAAAUUCAAAUGUACACUUAAAAAAAAAAAAAAAAAAAAAGUUAAUUGUAAAUAAAAACCGAUUAUUGGAGUAUGUCUUUCUACUUAAAUUUAAUUCAAUGUGUUAUUCUUUGUAAUUAACUGUGAAAUUUCCUCAGUAAUUUCUGAGGGAAAAUUGUUUCCACACCUUUUUUUUUUUUUUUUUUUCAGUGUAGUCAUUUAUUCUCCCUCAUGUUUUUCCAAACAUGUAUGACAAAAGAAGAUAUGUUUUGUUGUCUGUACAAUGAAAGUCGGUAGAGUCCAGUGUUGUAUUGACAAAAACAGACAGUUGAAUAAUUUCAAAAAUAUCAGCUCUACAGGUUUGGAACAACAUGAGGGUGAAUAAAUACUAACAAAAUGUGAACUGUCCCUUUAACCCCUUUGUGAGGGCUCACAACACUGGCUGCAAUAGAAUAUGUCGUGAUGUGUGACCAUAAAUGAUUACUUUAAUUAGUUAAUUACUUAAUAAGUUGUUUUACUAAUCAAGUCCCUUGUAUAUGUCCGUAUAUUAACUGUAGAAUCCGUUCAUAGAGAGUAGCUGAAAUGUAUUUGUCCAAUUCAAUGUACAGACAAAAGAACAGCAAGAAACCAUUGAACUGCUGACUUUGUGUCUUCUUAGAAAAUGAAUUAAUACACCAGGAUGCUUCUUCUUCCUCUUCUUCUUUUUAUAAAAUUAGAUGGUAGGAGAUAAUUUAUAAUUCGUAGCGUGUAGUGUCAGGGGAGUAUAUUGCAGAGGAGAAGAUUUAGUGUAUUUCUGGAGCUGGGUCGGGAGAGGCCAUGUUGUAGUUUGUGAUGCAGUGUACAGUAUUGUUUCUGCAAUGGAUAUUGCAAUGCUGGUAGCUAAUACGAUUUGCUGGUAGCUAUUUAAAAGUUUAAGUUGAAUGAGAACGAACAAGAGAUUUUGUUUACAUGAUGCCCGUGGUAAGAUCUGGGUCGUGGAUGAUUUGUGAGCCCGCCGUUGUCCGCCCUGGCCGAAUCGGAGUGCUAAAGCAAAACAGCAUUCCAUCUGUACCAUGAUCCAAACCCUUUGCAGAAGUGCUAGCAUCAUUCAGCAAGCAAUUUUCCUUGUGUUUAACAGGACAGGCGACGGGACGGGGGUCUGCCUCGGAGUGUGGGGCCCAGUUGGAUUAUUCUGAAGCAGGAAUGGCAAACCUCACAGUUGCGAAUGACCUGAAGCUCUGACGAAUCAGACUCGCAUGACCCGCCGCCUGUCCUGUGAAGAUUUGCACUGCUCCAUUUUCAUCUUUCUAAAGCUGUCAACCCUCUCUGGCCAGGGUGCGACGGUGGGCUCAGUAGAACAGGGGUCUGAUCGUAGUUUUGCCAGCGCAGCGGCUCCGUGGGGAGCUCUGUGUGCAUGCCGUCUUCUUCUUUGUUUGCUUUUUGUAUAUGAUAAAAUUGGCUACACGCGGCUGAGAAAUCGAAACACUUCAAGAGCGGGUUGUUGCCCCGAUGUUUGCUUUUUAAAGUGGCCACAGGUGAUGAUUGAACUUGCUAUGACAUGAAUAAUGCAUUUGAGCUGAUGCAUGUAAAAAGAAACAUUAUCUUACUGUUAGAUUUCGAAACCCUUGACUAAUAUUUUUUUAGAGCGGUGAUUAUUAUAAUUUUUAUGCGUGUUGUUGAAAUGUUACGUUUUGAUCACAGUUAUCUUGUGUAUAAAUGCUUACCAUAUAUCCAGUAGAAUGAAAAGACAAAUGUAUAUAAAAUGUCUUUUUGUAUGAUAAAAUGUUUUUUUUUUUUUUUUGUAUGUUUGGAUUUAGUAGUCAUAAGCUUGUGGUCAAGCCACAAAAAAAUUUGAAAGCUCCUUCUAAAGGAUCUGCUGUUGAGAAGAAAAUGUCAGCACCAUUAGCACAUGCCUUUCAUACAGUUAUCGCAUGUUAUUUUAAUCACAAAAUAUGGACUCCAGUAAAUUCAGCAUCACUUGUUGUCAUUUUAAACAGAGCCAACAGCUUCACUGAGCUUUAGAGGUUUAUGCAGAUUCCAUUGCCUUUUUCUUUUUUUUUUUUUUUGUUAUCUCCAAGACUUAUUUGAAACCUGCACUUAUUUUUUCUCUUAUGUCAUGCUAGCUUCAAGUUUUUUUAAACACAUUUUUUUUCCUGUACUUCUACAUGGAAGAUUGCACUAGAUAAUCUGAUAUUGAAACUUUGUCAAAUAAUAAUACUUCUUUUUAAGGUUUGCUUCUCUGUGGAUAUUUCUCAGCCUUGAUGAUCAUGAUGAAUAGAGACUAAUGAUGAGAAUGAAAGAAAGAUAGAGAGAUGAAGCUGCUUGAAUGGCACCCUUUUAUUUUCCUGUUGUCAUUUAUGUGAUGAAUUGACCCUUUUAAGAUGUUGAAAUCAUGCCAGGUUCCUGUACACUGCAAACCGCAGAGUAGAAUCACAUACAGUCACACUGCAACAAACAUUUUCUAAAUCAGUACUUUGUCUUUUUCCAGUAAAAAUCUAAACAUCCUUGAAACAAAAUACAUUUACCAAAUAAUAUAUAUAUUACCGUUUAAAAGUUUGGGAUCAGUAAGACUUUUUUUUUUUUUUUUUUUUUAAAUAAUACUUUUAUUCAGAGGGGGCACAUUACGUCUAUCAAAAAUGCCAGUGAAGACAUUUAUAAUGUAUGAAGUUUUUGGCUUUUCUUUUGAACUUUCUGUAACAAAGAAUGAGAAGGUAUCAUAGUUUCAAAAGUAUCUCACACAUUGAUAAAAAUAAGAAAUAUUUCUUGAUCUGCAAAUCAGAAUAUUAGAUAUGAUUCAGAAAUCAGUUACACUGACAGCUUUGCCAUCACAGGAAUAUAUUACAUUUUAAAGUAUAUUCAAAUAGAAAACAGUUCUUUUAAAUAUUUCACAAUAUUACUGUAUUUUGAUCUAAUAAUCAACCUUGGUGAACGUUUAAAAAAAAAAAAAAAAAAAACUUCCCAGCCCUUUCUUUUGAACAGUUGUGUACAGUACAUAUAUUUCAAAUAAAUUAGGGAUGUUUAUGUCUUUUUACUUGUGGAAAAAAUCUAAAAGUACAGAUUAAAGGAUGUUUUUUUUGCAAUGCAGUUUCUUAAACCACCUCUGGACAAUCGGUGGCAUGGCUUACCUCAGCCCGAUGAUAGUUUUAUGGAGCGUGUGUGUACAGAUUAACUUAACUAGCAGGACUUUAGACCUCACUCUUCUGAGUGCCUUCCUGGAUUCAGCCUGGAGCUGUUGGAUGUGGGUUUACGGUGCGUGAUCUUCCCCUGGUUUUGUAAGAUCAGCCUACUCAUGCCUGUAUUUACCAGAAUUGGCGGAAUGUGCAUCACUGAAAAGAUUGUUUAAUUCUGAGAUCCAGGCACUUUAAUUAGUCAUUGACACAUGUAAUUAUGCUGAAUAGAAUGUAAAUUUCCUGAGUCCAAUUUCCCUGUUCGCCCACUGACAUAAACAGGAUGUGAGGAGAUCCUACUCAGGCAUACGUGAGAGAAUUAGACAUGCACGAGUGUUUCACUUGUAACGUUUCCUUUUGCGGUUUGUGUAAUGUAAACCUUGCAAUACCGUGAACUUUGAGAGGUAGAUAGAAAUGCGAACAUGUGGUCAGAUCUUUGUUUUGUCUCCUCUCAGUAAGGGCUGGACAACCUCUUCAGGGCUGAGGCACUGGAAUGCAGUUUCUACUCUUUCCUUCCUUCCAUUUUCAGUGUUGUGACACUUGGCAGGAUGUAUGUCGUAGUUUUCGUCAGCUGAUGAAUUGACACGUGACAUGCUUGAUACUGGCAACAUCUGGUGAAUCUGAACUAGAUGAUGUGCACUGUGUAGACCGGUCUGAAACCCGUAAUAACAGCUCAAUCUAGCUGCUCGGUUUGAAAUCAAACUUGUUGUAAUACACUAAAGAUCUGGAAAUUGUACUUGUGUAAAAAUCUGAACAGCAUCUAUGCAACUAAUCUAGGCUUUACUGAAAUCUUUGUGCAGAAAGUUCUUUCUAAUAUUAAGGACUGUUUCAUUGUGUGCAAAGCCUUCUAAGCUGGGCUAAACCUACCAUUAUAAUACUCAAAUAUAGUGAAAAAGACUGUUAGUUUAAUACUGCGUUUACUUCCGGUCAGAAUGACAUGUAGAUGUUCACGGAAUACCUAAUCACUACAUCAAAUCACAUCUUCAUGCUCUUGCAAAAUAUAGAAACAAAGAAAAAUAUAAUUUAUCUAUCAUUUAUUUAUAAGUUGGGUUGAAACAACCCAGCAUUUUUUUUUAGUGAUGCAUUAAAUUGAUCAAAAGUGACAGUUUCUUUUGAACUUCAUUAUCAUCAAAGAAUCCUGAAAAAUGUCUAACAAAAAAGUAGCUGAUUAAAAAAAUGUUUGCCAUUUUAAAUAAAUGAAUUAACAUUCUAAAAUGUCUUAAAAUAGAAAAGCUAUUUUGAACGGUAAUAUUAUUUCACAAUAUUACAGUUUUUACUGUAUUUUUGAUAAGCUAAAUGCAAUUUUGGUGAGCAUAAGAGACUUCUUUGAACUUUUGAGUAACAGUAAUUCUGACAUGAUGUGAAUGCAGCAUUAUAAAAAUCUUUGCCCAGGUCUAAAACAAUACGCUCCUCAGAGUGCAUUUGUGCAUAGGUGAGGUCAUUGGUUAUACUGACAUUAUCCCAUUCAAAGUACGUAAUUCAAACAUUGUUUCAGAUAUCAUGUUGCUGAUUGAGCUGUGGGGGUGAUGGAUGGUUUUAAUCUGAAAUUUGAUGGCAUUUUACUGUUGAUGGCUCUGGGGUACAGUGCUAUAGCAGAUUAAUAUUAAUGAACACCCAUCCUUAAUUUUUAAGCGUAAAGAACGGCUCAUUAUUUUUACACUCCUUCUUUCACUCUUAGCAAACCAGCAGUUCAAAUUGAAGUUAUAUACAUAGAUAUACCAAACUGGGUUAAAAUACAGUUUUAACAUGCAGUGCCUGUCAUUUUACCGCUUUGCUUUGGUUUCUUUUCCUCACCCAUGUGUUCUCUGUAAACCGUGAGCUGUUACAACGCUGACAACAUCUCUGCAGUGUCAGUCUGGAUUGGAUACAGCUUUUGUUUAUCAAAUGCUUUUUGUAUGUUUAUUAUCUGACCAAGGGGCCAGAUUUGCCAAAGCCUCUCAAUAAAACACAACCUCUGAGUGCCGCAACAUAUUGACAUUGAGUCUGACGAUGCUAAGAAUGCUAGCAUGCGCUAAGGGCUUUUCUAAAUCUGGCCCUAAGGUUAAAAUGGCUCAAAUGGGGUGAAGAAAACGUCUCUGUUCAAAGGGGAGAAAAGCCAUUCGUGGGCUUUGCAAUUUAUGCAAUAUUUUGAUAAGUCUUUCACACAAAUGAAUUGCCAAAAACACCCUGACAUACCGCCUGCUCCUGAAUGUUUGAGACCCCCAAAACAGUCACGCAUCAAUGUUUCAGGGUGCCCUCUCUCCCAUUAGAACAAUUGUUUUGUUUUAUUCUGUUUGUUUUUAUUCUGAAUUAAGGAUUAAUUUCUAUGAAUAUUUCUAUCGUUGUUGUUUCGUUAGUUUUUAAGCAUGCCGUUUUCUCUAUGUUUGGACGCUUUGAGUUGAAAGGACGAAGGUUGAAAUGUUUUUCAGAGAGCAUUCUAAUGCAGUGUUAAAUUUCAAGGUUUUUGUUGGUUUUUCCUUCCUCGUUUUUUUUUAAUCACAUUAUUCUUUACAAAUAUUACCAUAGUAGUUACUCAUUAAAUGCUUGCUUGCUGCACAGAUAAACACACUUCACACCAGGAAGGGGCAUGUGGACAUUUAGUUCAGACACAUACACAACUGGCAUGAUGACAUGCAUCCAUGUUCUUUUGGAAAGCAUCGGAUUUUUGUUAUUUGUCUCUGUUUCUCUAAGAACCUCGCUAAAUUGUAAUCUAUCAGCAAAAGUCGGUAUGUCGGUUUUCAAACGGAUGGGAAAAAAUGUGUUUUUCUCAUGCACAACAAACUAAAUUUGCCAUGUGUUUUUGAACUGGUGUGAGGGGGAAAUUACAGCUUUAACAAUAUUUCAUUAUAACAUUGUAUUCAGCCAUCGCUGUUCGCAAAAAAAAAAAAUCGCUCAUGAAUACAGUACUGGAAGUAUGUUUCCCUAUGCAAAAAAAAUAAAUAAAAUGAAAAUGAAAUAAAAAAAUAAACAAAGCUAUGCUACAACUCAGAAA